GAUCAAAGUAAAGAUCUGGAAAGCAAGAGAAAGAUGGUUUUGAUUGAGAUGAGGUGCAUGUGAUGUUAUCUUUCUUUACAAUCCACACCCUCAAAGCAAAGUUCCAGGAUAAACGGGCCUACCUCAAUUGCUUUCUUGACAGAGAAAUCACCAUUAAGAAAAGAAAAAGAAAAGAAAGCAAAAAGCUAAACAAAGAAAAGCUCACAUUAAAAAGAAGAAGAAGAAGAAGAAGAUAUAUGAAGGAGGGUGAUGAUGAUGAUGAUCACUAGCCCUGAGAAUUCCACAAAUGAAACUAACAUUUCUCAAGAAUCCAUCAGCACCACCACUUGCCCCAGCUGGAAACUGUACGAGAAUCCAUUUUAUAAUUCACAGCAUCAUAAAAAUCAUCAUCGUCAACAACAACAACAACAACAACACCAAAGCUACAAGCAUAUUCAUAAUCUAAACCUUCCUCUCUCGGCUCGUAAGAUCGCAGCUUCUUUCUGGGAUCUAACCUUCUUCAGGCCAAUCAUGGAGACUGAGCUAGAUAUUGCACGAGCACAGAUAAUUGAAUUGAAAGCUGAGCUUGAUUACGAACGUAAGGCACGUAAGAAGGUUGAGUCUUUGAAUAAGAGACUGGCUAAAGAACUGGCUGAAGAGAGAAGAGGAAGAGAAGCAAUGGAGAGAGUGUGUGAAGAGCUUGCUAGAGAGAUUUCAUCUGAUAAAGAAGAGAUAGAUCGCAUGAAGAGAGAUAUGGAGGAAGAAAGAAAGAUGCUGAGAAUGGCUGAGGUGUUAAGAGAAGAAAGAGUUCAAAUGAAGCUCUCAGAUGCCAAGAUGCUCUUGGAAGAAAAGUUAAUUGAAUUGGAGAAAACUAAAAGGGAUAAAAUUCCAGGACUCAUUAGUAGAGCUUCAAGUAGUUCUGGUAAUCUUUCAGGAAAAUUUUCCAGGUUCGUUCUGGGCGAGAAAUCUAUAGAUGAUAAUAUUGAUAUUGAUUCAAAAGACUCAACAAGAUUAAGUUUGGGUUCAAGUGAAAAGUUGUCUUGCAAUGAUAAUGUUAAUUGUGUUUCAUCCAUGGCAAUCCAGCGAAGAACAUCAACAGAAGCUGAGAAUCCACAUAUAAAGCGAGGGAUUAAAGGGUUCGUUGAAUUUCCCAGAGUGAUUAGAGCAAUUGGAUCCAAAAGUAGACAUUGGGGAACAAAACUGGAGUGUCAAAAGGCUCAGCUAAGGAUUCUACUUAAUCAAAGGAAUCCAAUUCGAUCCAAUAAUCUUAUUUUGAGUUAAAAGAGAUCGUCAGUAAUGUUGUUCAGAAGUGCCUUCAAUUCUAUGUCUUGAUUAAUUUUUGUUCUUUCUUUACAUGUAAUAUUUUUCAUACCGUCUUGUUCAUCCUUUAUGUUUCCGCAAAUGAUUACCAGUACUAUUACUCAGUACCCGAAACUUCAUUGUUCCAAGAAGUUUUAAUUAUAAUCAAGAAUGAAGUAAAUA